GGUGGGCUCGCAACGAGAGGUGAAGAUCCAAAAUCCUUCGUGUUCUCUCUCUAACCAUCCCCCUCUUUCUUUCCCAGUUCUUCUCAAAAGGCAAAAGCCCCUUUAGCGUAACUUCUACUCUUCUUCCAUGGCGAACAGCAAUCUACCUCGAAGAAUCAUCAAGGAGACGCAGCGGUUACUCAGCGAACCAGCUCCGGGGAUAAGUGCUUCGCCAUCAGAAGAGAACAUGCGGUAUUUUAAUGUCAUGAUCCUUGGUCCAACACAGUCUCCUUACGAAGGAGGAGUUUUCAAGCUGGAGUUAUUUUUGCCGGAAGAAUAUCCAAUGGCUGCCCCCAAGGUUCGAUUUCUUACAAAAAUAUACCAUCCUAACAUCGAUAAGCUUGGCAGGAUAUGUCUCGAUAUACUUAAAGACAAAUGGAGCCCUGCUCUUCAGAUCCGCACUGUACUCUUGAGCAUUCAAGCACUUUUGAGUGCUCCAAACCCAGAUGAUCCGCUAUCUGAGAACAUAGCGAAGCACUGGAAAACUGACGAAGCUGAUGCUGUCGAAACAGCAAAGGAAUGGACCCAUUUGUAUGCUAGUGGCACCUAAAGCAGGGGCACACGCCACCGGCCACCAUGUUGCCCCGAGAAGAUAACAUGUACUAUAAUUAGAUAUUGAUGCCCAAAAAAUGUGAGCAACUGGGGAAAAGGUUCAUCCCCCCCUUGCUGCUAAGCCCCGGAUGAUAAAUGUUGUUAACCCUCGUCUUUCGAGAUAAGUUACUCGUGUUCUAUUUCUCAUUGUUAAGAUUUCACCAAAUGUUUUAUCUAUAGAUUCUAUACGCACACGAGCUAUAGUUUUGC